AUGCCUGCGCCCAACUUUUCCCGAAUUCCUGAUCCUGUAUAUAGUGAUCAGCAGGUGCCCCUUCCGGCAGAGUUACCUACCGAGCCAAAGCAAGAAGCUGUCAAGGAGGAGGAAGAUUCAGCUCAGUUCAGCUGGGAGGAAUACGUAAGAGCAGCUCAGCCAGCGGCUGACCCAGCUUCCUCAAACCAGUUGCUAACUCGGCACGUUGAAGUUCCCGAUGGACAGCUUCAACUGAACCAGAAGCCACCGUUCUAUCCCAACACCGCCAAGAACGAGCACGAAAGGACUGCCGAGGGCUCAGAGGAAGUUGGCCCUGAAGUCAAGCAAGACAACGGUUCAGAGCUAAAUCCAGUCGCAAUCGACCCACGGCUGUUUGGCGCCGACUACGGCCAAUAA